UGAAGGUGUACUGGAAAGUGAUCACACACAAACCAUUCUAAAGUCGGUAAAGUGUCUGUUUAUUAGUACAGUGAAAACGGGACAAAGAUUAACCCAAGAUACUUAUUUACAUAAAUUUACAAAUUAUAUACAUUUUAUAACCAAGCAAAUAGGUUCACCGAGUAAAAGAGAAAAGAACGAGACCGUGCCAAAUCAAAGAAAGAAACAACACAUAACCAAUCUUACAAGAAAAAAAAAGAAAGAAAGAAAAAGAAAAACUUCGAAUCUAUUUACAGUCUUCUUCUAAUCUAACUCAACCAUCAAUAUUCACAAAAACCCCUAAAUUAAGUAAAAAGAAAAAUCUUCAGCGUCAAAGACGCCCUAAAUAAAACUGCUCUUACUACAAACCAAAAAUACAAAAGGUGGCACGUGUCACUAGUGUUCUAUACACAAUUAAAAAACUCAGUGUGGCACAUGUUUAUCACGUGAUAUCUUUUUUCUCUUUCCCCGUUUAGUAACAGGUUUGACAACCAGGUAACAAAAACGGUGAAAAACUUAGAGAGAAAAAAUCGAAUGAGCCAUAGUUCACGAAGUUGUCAAAGAACACAGACUUUACCAAUAAGGUAUCAAACAUUAAAAGUACAGGGCAAACGAACAAAUAAGCACGCGAGUACUAUCACAACAGGACAAUAGAAUGUGUGCUCUAGCGUGCACGAGAGCUCCAGCUUCCUGCACAGGUGCGCUCUUUAUAACCAAAUAGCGCGCCCUCAUUGGUGAAGCCGCGCGUUGUCGUCACCAAGCGUCUCGAUGACUGACAGAGGAUUAGACCACUCAGGUACCCGCAUCACCCUGCUGAAAACGAAAGUAAAGACAGAGAAAAAAAGAAGGGGAGGAAAAAAAAACACCGUACGCAUAAUAAUAAUUAUAACAGUGGACGUAACAAACACGUUCACGUGUGAGCUGUCUUACCUGAGGGACGUGCUCAUCUGAUUACCUCCUGUCUUCUUCCUCUGUGAUCUAGCCUGGACUUUGAUUUGUUAUUGACUGUUAUUACUCCAGUAAAUUUUGAAUCACAUUUCUGCAUUUGAGUCAUUUUCCUUGAGAUCCCUGACAGAAUCCACACUGACUGCUGAAUUCUGAUCGAUCAAGAGAAGAGCAAUGAAGCUUUAUCUUAGCAUCCUGCUACUCUUCAGCUGCCAGUUCAUUCACACUCUGGCUUUAAACUGUGAAAUGAUUUGUGGCACCCUGAAGCAGAUAGACGCUGGGUCAGGCUCAGUGGUUGGAGUGAACAAUCAAAAUGAGGUCUUCAUCCUGAUUAAUAACGUCUUCACAAAGGUCUUUACGUCUCUAAAGCACUUCACUGUUGGUCCUGCUGGUCAGUUCGGGGUGGAUACAGCAAACAACAUCUUCAAGGUGCGGGGUGGCAGCCUUGUGCAGAUUGCAGGCCUUCUCAAACAGGUGGAUGCUGGAGGAGAUCAGAACAUUGCAGGUGUCAAUAUGAAUGAUGACAUAUAUUGUUUAAAUAUGGAUGCUAACAACAAAUUGCCAUCCAGCUCUGUUCCUUGGGUUCAUAUUGGUGGAAAGCUGAAGUAUUACAGCUGUGGCCCGUACAGCUGUUGGGGAGUGAACAGCAAUGAUCAAAUCUACAUCAUGAAGGAUGUGUCUGGUAAUGCCUGUUCCGGGUCCAACUUUGUGAAUAUUCCUGGACUUCUGUCCAUGAUUGAAGUAGCAACUGACGGCAGUGUCUUUGGUGUCAACUCUCAAGGGGCCUUAUACCAAAGAACUGGCAUCACUCGAUCCAACCCCGCUGGCACAAACUGGAUCUCGAUGGUUGUCUGUCCCAAUGGCCACAAGCACGUGAGCUUUGACCUGGGAUUGCUGUGGGUCGUCUGUGUUGAUGGCUCCAUCCGUAAAUGUACUUUAUAGUCUGUCAUGCAUCACUGCAGCAACAGAGGAGCUCAAUCAUUAACAGAAACCUCAAAGUAAUCAGAUAUUAUUAACCAGGCACGUGCACAGGUAGGGCUCAACCUGUGCAGAGCACAUGCCCUUUUUGCCCUUACUCCGAAGCCCUUACUUUUGUUGUGGUGUUUUUUUUUUUUUUUUUUUUUAAGGCAACCACAAUAAACCUCACAAGAAUCGAAAAUGGGCUAAUUUCCCAUAGACUAGAGUGAGACCAUAGAAGUAUUUUCAGCUGCCACAAUCUGUUUUGCAUGCGUCUCAAGGGUGAUUUCAGUUCAAGUGAAGCGGCAGCGCGGAGUGCACAUGAACCAAUCAUCUCUUCCACGUAUCAACACGAAAUAAACGUUAAUGAACACCAACAGGAAUGUUGAAAGAUACAGUACAGUAUACCGAAAUCAGUAUCAUGUCACAGAUAAUCGCUUGAUUAUUGUUUCAACCGCGGAAAGAUGUCAACAAAACAGCUUGUAAACAAUGUCAAAUAACGUCACAUUUACCUCAGAAAAGCCGUUCAAUGUCCAAUGUCAAAUGAACUUUGAGAGCAGCAUUUUGUUAAAUAUAUGCUAUAUUUCAUAUUCAUUCUAUUUUUACUUAACCCUUUCUUCAAUACUAUUUAAUGUUUGAAUAAAUCCGUUUUAUGACAGCCACCAUUUAACGUAUUAAAAAAUGUAUAGAAACAUAAUUGUGUCAUUAAAAUUUAUUAGUAUAACGUUAUUAAUUUUAACCUUUAAUAUUAUAAUUAUGUACCAACUGGGGUUAAAUAUAGUUUACAGCAUUAGUUGAGAGAUUUUUUUUUUUUUCAUUGAGGAAAGUUACCAUGUACUGUACCUGAUAGGCCCCAAAUUAAUUAUUGCAUCGAAGUUAAUCUAAUCGAAAUCGAAUCGCAUACUUGUGAAUUGAAAUCGAAUCCAGUUGUGAAAUUUGUGUCAAUGCCCAGCCUAUAGUGUCAAUAAAUGUUUAUUUUUUUUAUUAGGGGCCAAGCACCGAAGGUAAUCGUUUGUGUUAUUAUUAUUCUUCCGCCAUUGAAGUCUAUGGCAGCCCAUAGAACUGUAUGCGGGAAAGUUGUGAAAUUUGGCACACUGAUAGAGGACAGUCUGAAAUAUGUCUAUAGCCAAUUUGGAGUCUCUAACUCAAUCCCUCUAGCGCCACCACCUGUCCAAAAUUUCACUUAUGUUUAUGCUAAUAACAUUCGAACCAUAAGGGUUACAAACAAAAUUCUUUUUUCCUUUGAUUCCUUGGCUCGAUUCGACUGCACUCUAUGACAUCAUUUUCCAUCAUAAAAAUUUUCCUGCCAUUUUGAAUUUUCCGAAAAACCUACUUUUUUUAAACUCCUCCUAGGCCAUUGCUCCGAUUUUCACGAAAAUUGAACCAGAUCAUAUACAGACCAUGCCGACAAAAGAUAUGGAAUUCAAGUCGAUUUCUUAAACCAUUUUUGAAACACGCGCAAAUGAAUUUUACAUAGCGCUUGCAAAAAUAGACAUAAGGCUGUAUCUCCACAACGCUUUAUCGUAUUCAGACCAAACUUGGUAUGUGCUAUCAUAAGCAUGACCUGAGGCAACUUGCAGCGUUUCGGCACAGUGCCACCUACUGGUCCAGAGAUAUGAAAAAUGGCUAUUUUUGCUUAUAACUUCUGAUGGAUUUGUCCAAAAAUCAUAAAUCAUAGUCUUGUUAGAUUCAGGGCGACAUGCCGAGUCAAAUAAUAUCCAAUUUUCCCAUUUCAGCCAUUUUGAAACCAGCGCAGGAAACACAAAACCCAAGUUGGUUAACUAAAUGUCGCAGCCCAAAUGUCAAAAUUUUGAUAGGAAGUGGCAAAAAAAUCAAAACAAACUCGUCCAUGGGUCAUUUUUUUAUGAUCUCAUACAUAUAAAUGUCUAUAACUCCAAAACAAAAUGAGAUAUUUUCACCAAAUUUGGCACACACAUGUAUGGGCUCACAAUGAGGACACACAAAAAAUUGGUGGAAUUGUGCCUCUUGGUGGCGCUAUAGUUAAACAAAACACGAAAUUGCCAUUAACUACAAUACAGUAUUAUGAUAAAAAUGCUGUAUUUUAUGAAUGCAUUGGUGUACCAUUACGAAUCUCAAUAUGGUCCUAUUGUAAUGAGACUGAUCUUAAUAGAUUCCGUGGGUCAUGCCAAGAACAUAGAUACCAAAUUUGCCAUAGUCAGCCGAACUUCCUGUCCGCCAUUUUGUUUUUCGUUAAAAAUCUACUUUUUCGAACUCCUCAUAGACCGUUGGUCCGAUUCUCACUAAAAUCGAAUUGUAUCAUCUUCAGACCAUGCUGACAAAAUGUUACAGAUUUCAAGUCGAUUCGUCAAACUGUUUUCGUAUGCCGUAGCAAUGAAGUAGAGGCUUGAUGCCAAAAUGACUCUUGAGGCUGUAUCUCUGCAAUGCUUUGACAUAUUGACACCAAACUUUGCGAGUGUCACUGUCACUUUGACCUUACCACAUUAAUUUUGUCACAGCAUCACCUAUUGGUCAAAAGUGAUAAACCAGUAAAUCUUUUUUAUUGACUGUAUUUAAUAGGUCUUUAAUUGCUCACUGUUGCAGUUGGUCUGAUGCUCACAGCCAUGUUGGCUGGCUUGUUGUGCCGUCUUUGUGUAUAUAUAUUGUUUUUUUUUUUACUUGAAGCAAAUGUUGUCUUUUCCCAUUAUUUUGUUGUCAGUGCACCAGAAUCUUCUUUUUCUUGCUGUUGAAUCAAUAAAGCAUUAUGAUAGCAUCUUA